GCCAAACCCCAAAAAGCAAAAGCACACCGAAUCAAGAAAUGGAUUCAGACUCUCUUCUUCCUCCUUCUGUUUCUCUUCAGCUCCCAACUAUCGCUUUCUCCGGUCAAACCCUAAAACCAGAAACCGCAAAGUGGGAUGAAGUGAAGACUGAUUGUUUGGCACAUAUUCCUGCUUAUGCCAAAUCCCCAAGAAGCAAAAACACACAGAAUCAAGAAAUGGAUUCAGACUCUCUUCAGCUCCCAACUAUCGAUUUUUCCGGUCAAACCCUAAAACCAGGAACCUCAAAGUGGUAUGAAGUGAAGGCUGAUGUCCGCAGUUUCGUAGCUUCCUAUGACAAAGUGCCAGUGGAGCUUAAUAAGUCUGUUUUUGAAGCCAUGGAGGAGGUUUUCGAGUUGCCGGUUGAGACCAAAGAGAGAAACGUGUCUUCGAAACCCUUUCAUGGAUAUUAUAGUCUUAAAUUUUACCAGAGUUUGGGGAUCGAUGAUGCUAAUGUUUUGGAGAAAGCCAACGACUUUACUCAACAGCUAUGGCCAGAUCAUGGCAACAAGAGUAUUAGUGAGACGAUUCAACGGUUUUCGGAGAAAUUAGCGGAGUUGGAUGAGAUGGUGAGAAGGAUGAUCAUGGAGAGUUUUGGGAUAGAGAAACACAUUGACAAACAUCUAGACUCUACAAAUUAUCUACUUCGAAUGAUGAAGUAUACAGCAGCGCCUGAUGAAGCACUUACGAAUGGUCGAUUACAUUCUCCAUAUCACCGAGUCGUGCUAGUGGAAAAGAAGACAACAAGGUAUUCGACUGCAUUGUUCUCGAUUCCAAAACAAGGAGUUAUCAUAGAUUCACCGAAAGAACUUGUCGAUGAAGAACAUCCACGUUUAUUCAAACCCUACGAACAUCACGCUUUCUUUAAUUUCUUUCACUCAGAAGCUGGUCGUAGAGCUGAGUCUGCUCUCCACACUUUCUGUGCUCUCUCAAAGGCUAAACUCCCAAGAAGCAAAAACACACAGAAUCAAGAAAUGGAUUCAGACUCUCUUCUUCAUCUUUCUGUUUCUCUUCAGCUACCAACUAUCGAUUUCUCCGGUCAAACCCUAAAACCAGGAACCUCAAAGUGGGAUGAAGUGAAGGCUGACGUCCGUAAAGCUUUAGAAGACUAUGGAAGUUUCGUAGCUUCCCAUGAUAAAGUGCCAUUAUUGGAGCUUAACAAGUCUGUUUUCGAAGCCAUGGAAGAGCUUUUCGAGCUGCCGGUUGAGACCAAACAGAAAAACAGUUUGGGGAUCGAUGAUGCUAAUGUUUUGGAGAAAGUCAACGACUUUACUCAUCAGCUAUGGCCAGAUCAUGGCAACAAGAGCAUUAGUGAGACGGUUCACUGGUUUUCGGAGAAAUAUGCGAAGUUGGCUGAGAUGGUGAGAAGGAUGAUAAUGGAGAGUUUUGGAAUAGAGAAACACAUUGAAAAACAUCUGGACUCUACAAAUUAUCUACUUCGAAUGAUGAAGUAUACAGCAGCACCUGAUGAUGAUGAUGAUGUACAAGAGACAAAGAUAGGUUUACCCUCACAUACAGAUAAGAACAUCAUCACAAUACUUCAUCAGUAUCAAGGUGAUGGUUUGGAAGUUAAGACCAAAGACGGAAAUAGGAUCAAAGUGAAACCAUCUCAAGAUUCUUUCAUCGUUAUGGUUGGAGAUUCUCUGUGUGCACUUAUGAAUGGUCGAUUACAUCCUCCAUAUCACCGAGUCGUGGUAGUGGCAAAGAAGACAAGGUAUUCGACUGCAUUGUUCUCGAUUCCAAAACCAGGAGUUAUCAUUGAUUCACCGAAACAACUUGUCGAUGAAGAACAUCCACGUUUGUUCAAACCCUACGAUCAUCACGAUUUCCUCAACUUCUUUUACACAGAAGCUGGUCGUAGAGCUCAGUCUCCUCUCCACACUUUCUGUGCUCUC